AAGAACCCUACCGUUGUGCCUUACAAGUCAUCACAGGAACUCCUUCUUCUCAAAGAAUGGUUCUAUAACUUCACUCCCGAGACAGACAAUCGGUUCAGAGCAGUCCAGCGGGUCAAGGCCAUCGCCUCCCGUGGAAGAGUGCCUCAUGGAGUGGAGGCAACUUCGUUCCUCACCCUGGUGUGUCUUCUGGACAAUGGCACAGUUGACUCCAACUGUGUGCAGUUGGCCUAUGCAAUGGCCCUCAUCAGGUUUGUUAACGGGUUGAUAGAUCCGUUCCAGCAGUCCCACUAUGCUACCCCCAUGCACCACAUAGCGAAGACCCUCGGACUUCCAACCUUCUUCGUUGAGCUCCGCCAUAUGGGGACCCAUGAGUCGCUUCCGUCCCUUGAAUUAUGUCGCAUAGCCUGUCACAGAGCACUCAAUUGGUUGUACGACAACUACUGGAUUCAUGUGGAAGACGAGGAGCUCUACUACGUGGACUAUCAGGUGUCUGCUUCUGGAGAAAACGGCGAAACUCCAGUAUUUCGCCAGCAAUACGCCAAGAAGUGCGAUGCUGUGCAGCUCGUCAGUAACAUGAAAACCUACAAGAAAUUGAGGAAGGUCAACUUGGAUGCCGACCAUAAGCCAGUGGGAACCAAGCAGAACGUGGUAUUCUGGAAAACCGUCAAGAAUAUCAAAAAGGUGGUUUCACUUCCGCCUUUCAUCCAACACAAAACUUUCAAUUCCUUCAACGGGUCUGACUUGCUCGUGGAAGAACUCGUGUUCCACAACUUUUUGAUAUACAACGCAGAAAAAAUCCACGACAAGGAGAAGCUUAAGUUUAAUCCGUUAUUAAUAAAACUAUACAAGCCGUUGUUGAAUGAGUUGGGUCCUGAUGUAAUGCUCAAAAUUGCCUUCAGGAUGCUACAUGCCUGCAAGGAUUAUUUUGAGAGUGCCGACAGCUCCAUUUCCAUGAAUCAAAUUAGCCACUCCUUUGAAGCGGUGCAAAUGCUUGAAUGGGCCAGUUUUUUGAAGGUUGAGCACAAGACUUUCCCAGGAAGCACUACCAUAAAAACCAAGAGCGAAUUGCUCGAGUACAUAUUGGACGAAGUAAUUGCUACUUUCAACAAGAACAAAAACGAGAACUUGGAGGUAUAUUCCAAAAUCAUAGCCAGUUUGGAGUCCGACUUGAAAUCGCCCAAAAUCGACGCAUUUUCCAGGAAGGUUAAAUAUAUCCGUGAUUUUCAAAAAUUCCAGGCACCUUCUUUGGAUGAGCUCUUGGGGUCCAAGAGAAAGACAGAGGGGGAUCACGAAGGGAUCAAAAAGCAAAAGGGUGGACAACAAUACUUCCUCUUUGAGAAACAUAAAAAUUGGACGCCUGUUCCAUUCGGU